AUGUCUCUUAUGCGAAACCCUAGAUUAAUCUCUCUUCUCAAAUGGGUAUCUCAAGUUUCCGCAGAAACUCAGAUCAAACCCCAGGUUUCUGGAACUGGGUUUCAUCUUCAUUUUACCAUAAAUCCUAGGUCUUUCGCCACCGUCGGCGCCGGCAAGAAACUGAGUGUUAGAACACGAAAUGAGAAUCAGAGAAAGGCUCAGGUUGCGAUGUUGGAUUACUUCUAUGUCACGAGGGGGUUGCAGUUUCCGGUCGCAGAGAGUAUGAGUAAGAACGCGCCUCUUUUCAGUGAUAAUCUCUUAGAGAAGUUGAAUUGUGAUGCUGCUGAUGCUGAUAUCGCUCUAUCGAUCACUAAGUUUCUACGGUUUCAUCCCAUAAACGAAUUCGAGCCUUUCUUCGAGAGUUUAGGCCUGAAGCCAUCGGAGUACAGUCAUCUGCUUCCCAGUGAUAAGAUGUUCUUGAAUGAAGAUGCAUUCUUGCUUGAGAAUUACAAUACUUUUUGGAUCUAUGGGAUUGGAAUCAAGCAGAUGGGGAAGAUCUUCAAGGAAGCUAGGGAAGUUUUCAGGUAUGAAACUGGUGUUUUAGCUUCCAAGAUCAAGGCUUUCGAGGAUUUGGGACUGACGAAAUCGUUUGUGUCAAGAAUCAUCUUUUGUAGCCCGAGUAUCUUGAUUGGGAAUAUGAAUGUUGAAGUGGCUAAGGCUUUAGAGAUUCUGAGAUCCAUAGGAAUUGGUGUUGAUUGGGUGAAUGAGAACUUGUCAGAGGAGGAGGAAUCUUAUGAUUGGAGCUCUAUGCAUAGGGCUUUAAGCUUGCUAAGAGAUCUCUUUUCCGAUGAGAAUGAGCAGCUAUGUGAGUUACUCAAGAAGCAGCCAAGACUUGUUUUUGAGGAUUCAGGGGAAUGGACUCUGUUUCUAGCUGGGUUUCAAACAAAGCUCGGGUCAUCUAGAAGCGAACUCUCAUCUUUCUUUCAGAAUUUCCCGGAUAUUCAGGUAGAGAAAUGUGUUUUGAAUCUAAGGCAUUGCUUCUUGUUCCUAAGCCAGAUCAAGAUGGAGUGUAAUGAGAUGGGGAAGAUAUUCCGUUCUCACUCCUCUUGGCUCGGUGCGUGUACUUUGAAGAAAACUCAAACCUUAAUCUGCAAACUGAAUGUCGGGGCUAGGCGGCUUUGUCAAAUCAUCCAAGAAAACCCAGAGGAGAUGAAGAAAUGGACAAUGGGUUUAAGGGUCCUGCCACUGCCUAGUACCCUGGAAGAGGAAAGAUUAAUGAAGACACGGUUCUUGUUGAACCUCGGAUACGAGGAGAACUCAGAGGAGAUGGAGAGAGCGGUCAAGAAGUUCCGUGGCAGAGGAUCAGAGCUCCAACAAAGGUUCGAUUUCCUAGUGAGUUUGGGUCUGAACGAGAAGGAUGUGAGAUAUAUGGUGAAAGCAUUCCCUCCGAUCUUAUCUCAAGCUUCUGAUCUCGUGGAAGCAAAGGUGAACUACAUUGUCAAGGAACUAGGCUAUCCGCUCUCGACCUUUGUGGCUUUCCCUUCGUGUCUUGUGUUCACUCUCCAGCGGAUGAAGCUCAGGUUAGGGAUGAUUCCGUGUCUGAAAGGCAAAAAAGUAAAGGCAAUCAGCAGUUUACUUGUGUGCUCGGACCAACGGUUUGUGGCUCGCUUUGUAAACCGACAUCCCGAUGGGCCUAAGCAUUGGGAGUAUUUGAAGAAACAGCUUCGUCUUGAUGAGUAG